AUGUCCUCCUCCUCCUCCGCUUCUUACCAGCGCCCCUCCCCUACUUCCGGCCGCCUCCGCAAAUCCCUCACGUGGCUCUUCGUCGCCCUUCUCAUCAUCUACGUCGUUUACUCCGCCAAAAUCAUCCUCAUCAAAGACUCCCCGCCUACUAAGUGUAGCUAUGUCGAUAACAAUAAUAAUAAUAAUAAUAAUCAUAAUCUCGUCAAGGAAAACCGCCUUUCUACUACUAACGCCGCCGCCAAUCCGCCGCCGCCUUCUCCUCCGUCGUCCGAGGAGGAAGAGGAGGAGGAGCCGCCGCCGCCGAAGAAGAAGCCGUCGUUUCGCGACGACACGGAGGUGAAGCACGUCGUCUUCGGGAUCGCCGCGUCCGCCAACCUAUGGGAAAAACGGAAAGAGUACAUAAAAGUGUGGUGGCGGCCGCAGGAGACCCGCGGCGCGGUGUGGCUAGACAAGGCCAUCGACGUUCAGAACAGCGACGAGCUUCCGCAGAUCAAAGUCUCGGGCGACACCUCCCGGUUCAACUACACGAACCGGCAGGGCGACAGGUCGGCUCUCCGGAUUUCGCGGGUGGUUUCGGAGACGCUGAGGUUGGGAUUGGAAGACGUGAGGUGGUUCGUGAUGGGAGAUGACGACACCGUGUUUUUCGUGGAUAAUGUUGUGAGAGUGUUGAAUAAGUACGAUCACACCCAGUAUUACUACAUUGGCAGCUCCUCGGAGAGUCACAUCCAGAACAUCUUUUUCUCGUACAGCAUGGCCUACGGCGGCGGCGGCUUCGCCAUUAGCUACCCCUUAGCUGUAGAGAUUGAGAAAAUGCAGGAUCGCUGCAUCUCGCGAUACCCGGGUUUGUAUGGCAGUGAUGACAGAAUUCAGGCUUGCAUGGCUGAGCUCGGCGUGCCUAUUACCCGAGAACCCGGAUUUCAUCAGUUUGAUGUGUACGGCAACUUACUGGGGCUACUGGGAUCCCACCCGGUGGCACCAUUAGUGUCGGUCCACCACCUGGACGUGGUGGCCCCCAUCUUCCCGGACAUGACCCGAGUGGAAAGCCUCCGGCAGCUAUUCGAGUCCGUCAAACUCGACUCCGGCAGCGUAAUGCAGCAGUCCAUCUGCUACGACAAGCAGAGGUACUGGUCCAUAUCCGUCUCCUGGGGCUACGUCAUUCAGGUCAUAAGGGGCAUGAUAUCUCCCCGGGAGCUGGAAAUGCCUACCAGGACCUUCUUGAAUUGGUACAAAAGGGCUGAUUAUAUGGCGUAUGCGUUUAACACCAGGCCUGUCACUAGGCACCCUUGCCAGAAGCCCUUUAUUUACUACGUUAACAAGGUGAGACUUGACCGGAGUAGGAAUCAGAUCAUCGGGAUUUACUAUCGUCAUCGGGAGCCUUACCCUUAUUGCCGCUGGAGGGCCGACUCGCCGGAAAAUAUCGACUCCAUUGUCGUCUUGAAAGAGCCUGACACUGGCCGCUGGGAAAGGUCACCGAGGAGAGACUGUUGUAGAGUGUUGCCAUCGAGACAGAACGCCAGAAAUCUGUACUUGUGGGUGGGGAGUUGCAGAGAAGGUGAAGUGAGUGAGUUUUAG